AAAACCCAAAAGUCAACAGGAAACCUAAUACUUCUAAUGCUGGAAUGAGAGAAGAUCAGCGUUCUUCUAACGCUGAAGAGCGCGAAAACUCGUUAGAAAUUAUUAUUUCCUGCUUAAUCUUCAAGCUAACUUGUUUCAUUUUACCCUCUAUAUAUAUGGAUUCUGCACAGAAAAUUUGUUGCAUUGAUCGUAUCUUAUUGAAGAUUCUCACGAACGAAUUUUCAACCUUAAUUGAUGGCGGAAGUUGGUUCGUUUGGGACUUCACACGAAUUCGGAAAUGGUAGCAAUUCGAGUAAUCUGUUUCCUUCUAAUGCAAUGGGGACUACGAAUUUGCCAAAUUUGCCGACCAACGGGUCAGGUUUUGGGGGUAGUGCGUCCAAUAUAUAUGGAGCAUCAUUGUCGUCUUCAAUAGUUUCAUCCCCAAUAUUCAGUGGGUUUGGACAAAAAUUUGGUACAACCGACUCAAGUCAUAAUUCGUUUGCUCGUAAUACAAUUGGUAAUACUAGCAAUGCAUGUCACAUUCCAUUUAUGACUAAUACGGUUGGGACUAUUACAUCCCCAAGUUACUUCAGUCAGGGUUCAACUUUUGGUGGAAGUUCUUCUGGUGUAUUUGGAGCUUCAUCAUUGGCUUCUUCUCCAUCCUUCAUGUUUGGACAAGGUUCUGGUUCCUCUGCAUUGUCAUCGAUAUCUGGGAGUACGACAAAUGCAGGUUGUAAUCCAUUUGCUUCUAAAACAGUAGGGAGUGUAACUGUCCCAAGUUCCUCGAAAGAGAGCUUACCUUUUGGUGGAACUUCAUCAUCUUCGUUUCUGACUUCUUCCGCCACCUGCAGAACAAAUGAACCUACUUCUCUAUUGGGACCAUUUAGUUUUGGCUCUGAAAGAAUCACUUUCAAUCCAAAAUCUGUUACUGGCAGUGAUCAUCCAUUGCAACCAGACUCGCAACCUGUACAAAUGCAUACUAUUGCUGGAACUAGAACUAACUCAUAUAAGCAUACUAUUGUAAAACAAGAAUUGAAGAGUUGCAAACUGAUUUCAAUAUCAGCCAUGCCUUCUUAUGAAAGUAAAACCCAUGAAGAAUUGAGAUGGGAAGACUAUAAGAUGAAGUCUGGAGGUGAACGGAAUUUAAUCAGUAACCAAGUUGACACACAGAAGUUAGGCUUAUGUCUUCCUUCAACAAGUUCCUUGGCCCCCCUAAGUCCACACUGUAUCUCUCCAGCAUUCUUUACAAAUAUGAAUACACCUACAUUCCCAGUGCCCUGUCUUUCGAGUUCAAAUUCAUCACCAAUAUUUUCUACAUUGAACACAAAAACAUCUGCUUUGGGUUCUUCAUAUUCAACCUCUUCUGUUCCGCCACAAGGUCCCAAUGUACUUUUGACUGUAGGAUCAGGAUCAUUACGAAGUUGCUCUUAUUCAAGUAAUCAUUCAUUACAUAAUCCUCAGUCUCCUAGUCAAUCUUCAGGAAUGUGGCCAAGUCACUCAUUAGGAACAACACCUAAUUUCCUAGUAACCGAGCCACCAUAUACUGGAUCUGGACUUGACCAAGUCACUGCAGGUAAUCCUGCUUAUCAACCAACAAUACCUUGUGCACACAAUGGAAAUCUGAUGUCCCAUAUGAAUCCAACACCAUCACCCUUUACAACACCUCCCAUAUCAACAGGGAACAAUGUUGGUGUUCCACUAGAUGUUGGUCAACCUCAGCCUAGUCUUCAAGAACAGUCGUUUGCCACAGUCAAGGUCCUGGAAAGCAUUAUAGCGGUUAAAGAUCCUUUUGGAUCUGAACAUGUAAUCACUCAACCACCAAUAGGUCACUCUGCUUGUUUAUUGGUUCCACGUGGAAUUUCUAGCAUACAUGUGCCUAAUAAAUCUGCAAGAACCAGAGUUUCAUCUUUUCUUACAUUAAGGCACCGGUCAGUCAAGCCGUUGACAAUAAACGUGAGAAAAUAUCACCCUAGAAGUUAUGGGCCAAAGGUGCCUUUCUUCAAUCUGGCUGAAGAAAUUAAAGAUACUAGCAAGGCAUAUAUAGUCCCAAGGGAGAAUCCCAGGUCUGUGUUUACUGUUUCUGCCGAGAUGAGCCAUGUCAGUACCUCCAAAGAAGAGGCAUAUUCAUUGAAUCAUGCAUGUGCUGUGGAAUACGAAGAUGGUAGAUCAGAUGAUGCUACGAAAGACCAUAUUAGCAACUCCACGCCCAACUCUUUCAAAGAUCAUUUUAUUGAAGCUGAUAACAACGCAAAAUAUCUUAAAAAGUCAUUGAUGCCAAAGCUCCAACGCUCUGACUAUUACACGGAACCCAGCAUCGAGAAGUUAGCAUCAAUUGAAAGCUCUAAUCCAGGAUUUUGCUGUCGUAUCAAGGACUUUAUGGUGGGCCGAGAAGGCUAUGGUUGGGUGAAGUUUUACGGGGAGACAGAUGUACGUGGACUCGAUCUGGACUCAAUCAUUCACUUCAAUAACCGAGAGGUGAUAGUGUACGAUGUUGCUGGAGAGAAGCCUCCAAUUGGAGAAGGCCUCAAUAAGGCAGCUGAAGUUACUCUUCUAAACAUUAAAUGCAUUGACAAGACCGGAAAACAGUAUACUAGCGGGAAGAUAGUCGACAAAUACAUCGAGAAGCUGAAGAAGUUGGCUGAAAAGCAGGGUGCUGAGACUGUGUCCUACAAUCCAAUUAAAGGUGAGUGGAGGUUUAGCGUGCAACAUUUUUAGCCGAGUAUUGGUCACUGACGGGGCCUACUGGUUCAGAGAAGAUUGGGUUGCAGAUGAGUCUAAUACACGAGUGGAUUUUCUUAGCUUCAGAAGUUCAGGUUGUGUAAAUUAAUUGGUUCUUUAAAGGUUAAGUAAUGAUGUAUAGUUUGCGGUUCCUUCAAUUUGUUGUUUGGAUGUACUCUUUUUUUCCGGAGUUUUCACCAAGUAUGUUGAGGUUUUAAGUUUUCAUAUAAUGUACCAGACACCCUUAAUAACAUACUAGUGUUAACUCGUUUAGCUUAAAUGGCUUGAAAUCAUUAAAUGUCAAAUCUAAUUCGUUUAUUAACC